AUGGCUGAUUCUUUGGAGCAGAGGUUUAAUAGAUUGAGGGAUGCAGGAACAAAAAAUCAGGAUAGUUCUACAAGUGUUGUUCCAAGCAGGUCACGACCGAUCAUCCAAAAUGUUUCCAGAACUCUCCGAAGUAAUAAAAAUUUGGAGAAAUACUUUGAGCCAAGGGUACUAGCAAUAGGCCCUAUCCAUCAUGGAAAGUUUCCGGAAUGGGAGGAGCUCAAAUACAGAUUGGCAGCGGACUUUGUCAAUGACAGCGGCCGGAGUGAAGAAUUUUUGUACAAGGAGGUUGAGGACAACAUCAAGGAGUUAAAACAAUGCUACGACGAGAAAACAACAGAGCGCUAUGAUGGUGAUGAGGCGAGCCUCGCUUGGAUGUUUUUCGUAGAUGGUUGUUCAAUCUUGCAGUUUAUACAAAAGUAUUCUACCUUGGAAGAGUUUGAGAUAAAGAGAGACCAAGUGUUCUUUGCUGAACAAGACUUGUUCUUGCUAGAGAACCAAAUCCCUUAUGAAAUCCUCAACCUUUUGAUGAGCUCAAGCAUAAAAAAUGAGGACCUUUGGCACGGAAUCCAGGCGUUUCUUGAUAUGCAUAGUACUGCAGCUGGUGCAUCAGCGAAGCCAUUCAGAUGGUAUAAAAGGAUGAUGCGACAAGAUCUGAAAUUUGAAUUGCGUUUGGGAGUAUGUAUGGAAGAUUCAUGGCCUACUACUCACCUUCUCGAGCUUCUUCGAACAAGAAUGCUAGGUCCAGCAAAAAAUGGCAGGGAGGCAGCUGAUAAUGAACUUCCACCAUCAUUUCGCAACGCGAAGGAGCUUAUGGCAGCCGGGAUCCAUUUUAGGUGUAGUGAAGGAUUUCUCUUUCUUCCAGCAAUGAACGCGGACGCAAUGCCUUUGUUCUUGAAUUUGAUUGCCUACGAAAUGUGUCCCGAUUUCCAAAAUGAUUACGCGGUCACCUCUUACUUAAGCUUCCUGAGUUCAUUCAUUACUCAUCCCGAAGAUGCAAAGCAGCUAAGGUCAGCCCGCAUACUUCACAAUAAACUCGAAACUGACGAAGCACUCGCUCAACUCUUCAACGAGAUAGGCCCUGAUUUGGUAUCAAACCCUUCGAUAAUUCACAUCAGUAGCAGAUUAGAAAAGCACUACAAAUCCAAGUGGAAGGCAUGGAUGGCUCAGUUCUUUGAAGAUCAUUUCAGUAGCCCCUGGGCCAUGCUUGCGUUCAUCGGUGCUCUAACAGCACUUUUCUUGAGCGCCAUCCAGACUUGGUACUCAAUCAUCAGUCUAAGUAGAGGUCCAUCUGCAGAAGAUGGUGGAGAAGGAAAUGUUGGGCUCGACUGCGGAGAUAACGGCAAGGGUGGAGCCGGAACCGAAGGCAUGAGCUGGUGGUGGUAUAAUGGCAAAGAGGAUGGUGGUAGUGAUGAUGAUGAAGGUGGCGGUGAUGGUGAUGAAGGCGGUGGUGGUAAGGGAGGAGAAGGGUCGUUUCGUCAUAGAAGGGAGUGGGGAUUGACAGCAUGGGUGGUGGGUUGGCGUGCUAUGGUCUGCUUCAUUGGAUGA